CCGACCAAAUGAUGCUGACGUUAGAUAUGUCGCAACCUGGCCGAUUACGUAAUAGUUUACCAGCCGCGCCGAUGAGUUUUGAUUGAAGUUCAAGGACAAAAUACGACUAUCUAACAACUUGUCAUGAAGUCUAUGUAACUGCACUUGUGAUCCUCGACUCUCCAUAAUCUGCGCAUCAGGUAUAAACGCUUGCAACGUGCGUGUACACAAAUUGAAGAACGCAUCACAUCGUGAGCUUGAGUAGUGUUACAUGGUCAUGAUGGAUUCCCUGGAAAAGGCCCGACGAAAGAGAAUGGUUGACUGUGCAGUGCAGUUUCAAAAUGUCAAUGCAGAAGAUCUAAUGCCAUAUCUUAAGUGUCUUCCUCGACCACAAAAGGAGAAAAUUCUCUGUAAGCAAAGGCUUGAUGGAGCUCUAGCCGCAGCUCAGAUGCUGGGCAUGGCGUUGGUCAAAGUUGACAAUUGGUUUGAGCAGCUUAUCCCUGCACUACGGGAGUUGAAUCAGAAUGAGCUAGCGGACCUUUUAGACGAUCCCCCAGAGGAUAAGCGUCUGGAAAACCAUCGGGAUGUGGGCCUGCAGAGCCAUCAGGAAAAGAAAGGAAAGUUUUCCCCAAACCAGGAAAAGAAUCUGCACCAGAGCGAAGCAGGUCAGUCAACGCUUCCACGGCCAUCGACAUCCUCGGGUCAGAGUUUAAAGGUCACACUCCAGACACCAUACAGUCAAUUGUCCGCCUUGAUCCUGCAUGUGCUGAGACGCUUGGAUGUGCUCAGUCCUGCCACUGGCAAUGACUGGACUGGUCUUGCUGGACAGUUAGGUUUCAGCAUAGACUCUGUCAAUCGUUUUCGAUCUCAGCAGGGGAGUCCCACUGAAGCACUGUUGCUUGAGUGGAGUAACGAGGGUGCUGCCACACUCGAGAAGCUGAUAAACGCUCUUCACGAUAUGCACAGAGAAGACAUUUGCCAGCAGUUGGAAGAAUUGUUGGGUCUCCGUUUGGAAUUGAGGAAUAACCAGGAUGGCAAUACCGCAGAGCCAAGACCCACAGUAUCUGUCAGCUCUCGGCCCCUGACAGAGCAAGAUCAACAAUCCGAGCUGGCAGCAAGGCCGCAGGUAACCGACACUGCACCUAACCAGCCAGCAGUUGACACGGAGGUUGAGGAAGAGGCAAAACUUGUCGCACCAGCACCAAGACCACAGCCAGAAGCUGUGCCAUCACACGCAGAAGAAAGCGGCGAAGACGUGGCUACAGAGAGUGAAAAUGCAGCUAAAAAGGAAUCUGACACAAGCCCAAAACCACAGAACAGUCAGAGCACUGAGACAAGCAAGGCAGAUGCAUCGAUUGUCAAGCAUCCAGAGGCUGAGAAAGUGGAAGUGCCGAGUGCACACAUCAGUUGCAAGGAUAGCCAGCCGCCGGUCAAUAACCUGAACAGAAAGCACGUGGAAAGCGAUCACGCCAACUGCCAGGUGAAAACACAGCUGUCUGAUGACCCAGAAACCUGCAGUGAUAAUAAUCCAGGGGAUGGAUACAGCACUGGUUAUAUACAUGUAGAAAGCAACGUCUGCGACUGCUAUCAUUCGUUGAAAACUGAUGAUGAAUUGGAUAGAGAUGUAUCUUUGCAGAUGUCAGAGGAAAGUGUUCCAACGAUUGUACCAGUUGCCUCACUUGAUGCUGGUACAUCUGGAGCCUCUGCUGGUGAUGAUCCCACCUCAUCAUCAUCUCAAGAAUCGUCAUCAGCCACAACCGCCCUCUCUGCAAGUGCCACAUCAGUUGCACCAGCUACUGUGGGCCAGGCUGUUAAAAAGGACUCGUGUGAUGGUUUUGCGCCGACAGUUAAGAUACUGACAUCUUCCCAAGGCGCUCCUGUUCGGCAGGCUUCUGGGGACUCUAAGUACCAUCUUGAACAGUUCCAAGUGCCUUCAGUAGAUGGAGCUUUCCCUGAAGCUGCCUGGAUGAGAGCAACAGCUUUCAAAAGUACAUCUAACCCAGAAGCAUCCAGCAGCAUACGCCAAGUCCGUAAGCCUGUCAAACAGCAGCAGCUGUGUGAUGCCAAGCCUGUAGCUGACCAAGUUGGCCCUAAACCUUCGCAGCCCGACAAAGACUCCCAAGACCCUGCCCCAAAACCCAGCCACCUGAACCAGCAGAAGAUCGGGGAGUCACAAAAGAAGCAGGCAUCAUCCGCAGUAGACAGCCAACACCAACAUCACGCCCAGACCAAAUCACCUCCAACUCCUUUGGCACCCCAUGAGGAGGACGGCUCUGGAGGCAAUCCUGAGCUGUCAGGCAGCGAGAAGCAGGAAGCAUCCACUGAAACCCAAUGUGACCCUCCACCUAUUCCUCAAUUGGUAGAGAGCACCCAGCUCCUGCCCAGUACCACUAACACCCCAUCUGCUCUUCAGGCAUCCCCUCAAAGAACCCAGGAGGUGGAUUCUACCGGCUGUCUUGAGGAGUCCGGCGCCAAGAGCCCAGAAGCAUCGGUACCACUCCGACAGGAGGCAUCUCUUCCUGAUCAAGACAGCAUCCAGCCUCCCCAUGCUCUAGCUGAUAACACCGAAGAUCAAGGAGGUGAUUCCCAGGAGCCAGGUGCAGAGGAUGAGAAUACUGAUGCGACCACAGAGUCACAGGGAAGAGGAGCUCUUGUAGGCCUGGCCCUUGCUGUUCCUGUCGUCUUGUCGUUGGCAGCCGCACUUACAGGUGGGGACAUAUUAUCCAAUGUGUUGUGAUUUUGCAGUUUCCUAUGAUUUGGGCACAAUUCCGUGUCUCUAAUUCUUAUACCAGUCAAUAAGCCAUUUGCGAGUUAAAGUGGAAUAAAAUCUGGAACGCUGACUUAAUCCAAUGCUUUGCACGUUUAAACUUUGCAU